AUGCCGCCAUACGGAUACGUCGUUGUGACCAUCUUGUUCGUGGUCAGUUGGAAAGCAUUCGCGCCUCGAAACAGGGACACUUCAAAGGCUUCACUUAGAAGACUUCCGAUACUUGACCAGGGUAAAUGGUGGGAUUUAUUCAACCUCAAACCAAUAUUCAACUUUUACCUUGAUGGCAGACGAGCCCUCAACCAAGCCAUUGAUCAAGCUGAUGGCAAGCCAUUCCGCAUCCUUGGUCCGGGUAGAGAACUCGUCGUACUGCCCCCGGACUAUGCCGAAGAGAUAAGAAAUGACAAGAGGCUGGACUUCUCGAAAGUGGUGGCACAGUUUAUUUCGCACGACCUGCCUGGUUUUGAGGGGUUCGCCAGCGGUUUGAAAGACUUGCCGGUAGUCCUGGACAUGUGCAAAUACAAACUGACGAGAGAUCUUGCAAGCGUGAUUGAGCCUCUGCCGCACGAGUGCAAUUUGGCGUUGGAGGAAAUUCUCGAGAUUCCUCAUGGUCAAGAUUGGCAACGCGUUGCGAUCAAGAAGCGGCUCAACCUAGUAGUCGCUCGGCUUUCCGCACGCGUGUUUCUCGGCGAGGAGCUAUGUCGCAACGCGGCGUGGCUAAACAUAGCCGUCAGCCAUAUCAUGACGGGCUUCAUGGCGGCUUUGUCUCUGAGAAUGUUCCCUGCAUUCGCGCGCCCCUUUGUGCAUUGGUUUCUGCCUCACUGCCGCAAGCUUCGCUUCCAGGUGCAGCAGGCCCGAGACCUGAUUCGUCCCGUCAUUCUAAGGCGGCAACAAGACAAGGCGGCCGCCGUCGAGAGGGGCGAGUCUCCUGUCGAGUUCAAUGACGGAAUCGAAUGGUCUGACUUGUACGCAAACGACCGAUCGUUCGACCGCGUUGACCUGCAAUUGGGCUUAUCUAUUGCUGCCGUGCACAACACCACGGAUUUACUGUCGCAGGUUGUGUAUGACCUCGCGAGCGACCCCGACAUGGUUGAACGUCUUAGAAAUGAAGCUUCCGAAGUUAUCGGAGCGAUGGGUUGGUCCAAGACUUCUCUCUAUAAUCUCAAGCUACUCGACAGCGUGAUUAAAGAAAGCAUGAGGAUCAAGCCUAUCCUGACCGUCGCCAUGCCCCGUCAAGUUACCUCGCAGAUGACCCUGGAAGAUGGUCUCGUGCUUCCUGAAGGCACUGUUAUCGGUGUCUCGGCGCAGAGACAUUGGGAUGCAGACGUAUACGCCGAGCCGCACAGAUUCAUCGGGGACAGAUUUCUCAAGAUGAGGCAACUGCCGGGGAAAGAAAAUGCCGCCCAGCUGGUGACCACUGGCCCUAACCACCUGGGUUUUGGACAUGGGAACCAUGGCUGCCCUGGCAGGUUUCUAGCCGCGGCGGAACUGAAGAUUAUCCUAGCGCAGCUAGUGCUCGGCUACGAGUGGAGAGUGAUAAGAGGGCUGGAACCGAAGAUCAAGGUGAUUGGCGUCAACCUUGACUCGGACCCUGCCGCUGUGAUUGAGAUACGCCGGCGGCAGAUUCAAAGCCAGCUGGGGAUCAAAGCUGACUCGUCAUGA